ACCGGGAGCCAGUCUAUGCUGCUGGGGAUCAUGUGACAGGAUCUGUCAUCAUUAAACUCAAAUAUGCCAUGGAGGUUAAAGACAUAGAAAUCAAGUUUGAAGGUGUUGCCAAUUUAAGUUGGACUUUGCCAGAUAGCGAGUCUAAGGCAUUCUCUGGAAGCGAAACCUACAUUGAUGAAAAAAUUGUAUUCUUUGAAGCAGAAGGUGAAUCACUGAUUUUCCAUCCAGCGGGAUAUCAUGUAUACAAAUUUGACAUUGCCUUACCUACAACAAUCCCUUCAUCCUUUGAAGGCAGCAAAGGUUAUGUUCGAUACAAGUGUACAGCCAUCAUUGAUCGUGGAUGGAAGGGAGACCACCAGGAGGAGAAAUCGUUCAUAGUGAUCCAUCAUCUUGACCUCAAUAGUACAGCCAAUGUCUCUAUGCCAGUCUGUGCCGAGGGCGAGAGUGCUGUGGAGGGCUGCUGCUGUGAGGUGGGAAUCGUCUAUGCUAAACUGAUGCUCCCCAAGAAGGGCUUCGUGCCCGGAGAACCAGUCGACUUUGACAUCACCAUUGAUAAUAAGUCAAACACCACAGUCGGUGGAUUCUCCAUCGACUUACGGCAGACUGUGUGUUACACUGGAUACCCAGAGGGAGGCGAGUGUCGAGCAGACCGGAGCCGUAACAUCAAAGUGUCGGCCCUCCCUCUGUUCGAGUUCACCGACGGAGUGCCGAGUCAGUCGGUGAGAUCGAUCACCGGCCACGCCACCAUUCCUUCCACUCCCGCAUCAAAACUUGAGGGAUGCAACAUCAUUGACAUUAAUUAUGAUUUCACAUUAAAUCUUGGUGCGGGAUGGAAUGACCUCGUUCUGGAAGUGGAGAUCUUCAUCGGCACAAUUCCACUACGGGAGCAGACAGUGGUUCCCGGGACAGCAGUGCCCGUGCUGGUCCGAUUUCCAGGGCAACAUGUAGCAACACCAACUGUCGCAUCUGGCGGGCAGUCAUCUUUUCCAACAACCCCAGAUGCUCCACCUUCUUAUGAAGAGUGUCUCUUUGGGAUGAUGUCAAAACAAGCCAUUGACAGUGAAGGUCGAGGUCAAUCAUUAAGUAGACCGGAUGCCCCGCCAGUGUACCCCUACUAUAGUGACUGGACGACUGCUACCGUGCAUGCUGUAACAAACCAGCCCCAGUCAACCUCUGCAUUGGUGCUCCAUGUAACUUGACCAAACAUUUAAAGGGACAUGGUCACCAAAUUCAUGUGCAUUCUCUGUCAAUACCUAAUUGGGAAAUCUUAACUUGUCCAAAGAUUUAAAAGGACAUGGUCACACCAAAUUCAUAUGUAUUCUAUGAAAAAACCUAAUUCGAAAAUCUGAAGUUAUACCAAUAUAUAAAGCAAUAAAAAACCCAACAAUAAAGAACUACAGAAACAAAUUACUGAUGCAGCCACCUCUAUCAAACAUUUUAAGGUCACUUCCAAAAUUAUGUGCGUGUUUGUGUGUGUGUGUGCGUGCACGUGUACAUGUUUGUGUGUGCAUGUGUGAAUGUGUUAUGUGUGUAUGUUUGUGUGCACACGUGUGUGCGUGUGCAUGUUUGUGUGUGUGCAUGUGUGUGCGUGUGCAUGUCUCUCUGUGUGUGUAGGUGUGUGUGCAUGUGUGCAUAUUUGUGUGUAUGUUUGUGUGUGUUAUAGUACAAACUGUAAUAAGAAGACAAACUUAAUUACAUGUUUAGCCUUGGGAAUGCAGAAUUACAUUUAUUUAUUUAUAAGGAAUUGUGUAAAAAAAAAAACACCCAACAUUUUAGUGCUUGGAUUUGUCCACUAACAAAAAGAGUUUGAGAAUAUAAGAAUGUGGGUAACAGUGUUAUAUUCUAACAAUAUAAAAAUAUAAUAAAAAAUUAAUAAUAACGAAAAAAAAGAAGAAAGUUCUGUACAUUACAAGAAUGAAUACUUUAAAACAUGAAGACAUUUAAGACAGCUAGAUACUAAGUGGAUUAAAAAAUUUCCCUGGCUGUAGUUUUCUCUCACGAUUCUAUUCUUCCGAAAAUCAAACAUUUUAGGUCAGAACGCAAGAUUAUUAGAUGAAAUCCCGAAAUAUUAGUUUUAAACCAUGUUUGAUUCUGGAGGAAAAAAAUAUGUCAAAUUCUAAAAGCCAGUUUAAAGGGAGAGUAAAUUCAAACAUGAGCCUUAUGUGUUGAAAAGAUGCAUACCCAGACCACCAAC